AUGUCGGAAAACUCAGAACGAACGACGAAGGUUUUCAUAAAGCCCGCACCCGAGACGGUCGUGAGCCCUAUCCAUGAGUACACGGAGGAGCAGCAGGCGCUGAUAAAGGACUUAAAGGAAUACGCAGAUUCAUUACUUCUCCCCGAAUCCGACUCGUACCACCAAUGGGAGAAGCGGUGGUUGAGCAAGCCCGAUACCAUUCCCCGGUACAUGCGCGCGGCGAAGUGGCACUACGCGGAUGCGCAGAAGCGGAUAAAGGGGACGCUCGAGUGGCGGCGCGACUUCAAGCCUGACCUCAUCGUGCCGGACGACGUGGAGGUUGAGAGCGAGACCGGGAAAAUUAUCUUGACGGGAUUCGACAAGGAUGGACGGCCGAUCAUAUACAUGCGACCCGGGAGGGAGAACACGGAGCGCAGCGACCGACAAUUGCGGCAUCUCGUUUGGUGGCUAGAACGCGCGAAGGACCUGAUGCCUCCCGGCCAGGAAUCUCUAGUCAUCGUCGUCGACUACAAGAGCACCACCCUCCGCACGAACCCCUCCAUCUCCAUCGCGCGAAAGGUCCUACACAUCCUGCAGCAGCACUACGUCGAGACGCUCGGCCGCGCGAUCGUCGUGAACCUCCCGUACAUCCUCAGCUUCUUCUACAAGGGCAUCUCGCCAUUUCUCGACCCCGUCACGCGGGAUAAGAUGAGAUUCAACCCCGACCUCCUCGAGCUCAUACCCAAGUCGCAGCUCGACGCUGAUUUCGGAGGUGACUACAACUUCGAGUUCGAGUCGAAGAGCUACUGGCGGCAGAUCGUCGAGGCGUGUGGCAUCGCUCCGGACGGUACGCGUGUAAGCGGUAUGACCACCACCUCACAACACCAGGGUGCCGAGGCGCCUUCUCCCCCCUCUUCGCAACCUUCCCCCGCAUCAUCGUCAGAUCCAUCCAAUGACUCGAGUCUGAGCUCGGGGCAGGUCACGCCGGAGGUGGUCGAGAAGAUGGCCGAGGUGUCCCUCGAAGAGCCGCAGGAUGAGCAGAGGAUCGACCUCCCCAGAGAGCUGAGUACUUGA